GUAAGAGUAAUUUGCUUCUGAUUAGUAACUACCAACAUAAGUCGAGUCGUGAUAUUUAUAUUAAGCAAAUGUUGACGCUGCAAUCAAUUUGUUAAAAGAACACUAUUAGAUUAGUAAGAGAGUGGUCACAUUAAUCAAGUUCAAGAGCAUUUUUAUGAAGCAAGUGAGAUCAUUAAAAGAAUCAAGAAGAUGCAGAAAUUCUAUCGGAAACAGAUUCUCUACCCUGCAAAGGUUUAGUCUGUUGCGCACAUUCUGCCCUUCCCAGACCCCCGCUUGUGGAAUUACACUUGGUAUGCUGUUGUUGUAAGUUACUAAGUUUCCCCACAUAAAAUUGUUACAAUGUCUAACCAGGUGUAAAAAUGUUUUCUAAUUCUUUCAUGCUCACAACUCACAAGUCAAGAAUUACUAACCUCCUAUGAUAUUUAUUAAUUCCUGAUCAGCCUCCCUUUAGUCUCAGUUAUCCAACCAGAUCUUAUAGCAACCUGUGAAGACCCCAUUAUAUUUGAACUGCAACAACAUUUUCCUCAUGUUUGAUUCAAAAUGAUGCAUUUCACAUGGAUAAUUCUCAGAACAUAAAGGCCUUUUACUAAAUUAUUCAUAAACUAUACACUCAAAAGGCAAAACCUGAAGCAGCCAUGAUUUUUUCAAUAAGCAGCCAGCCUUUAAUAAGCAGCCUCUAUAAAAAGCUAAAGUUUUGCUAGACCUUUGACUCCUUCCACAUAAUACUUUCAUAUGUUAGAAAACUCAAGUGGGGGCUUUCCUAAUACUACUUAAAGUCCUUCCACCUUUGUACAGUUUCUUAUACGAUUCACUGACCGCAAACAAGUCCAACUGUCAAAACUAUGCUGCAUUUGGCAUAGAUAAAUUUUAUAUCUCAAAAUGAAGGCAUUACUAAGGGAAAGGUUUUACUUAUCGUUGCUCCCGUGUUUGUAUUCCAUACAUUUCUGUUUAAGUGCAACGGAUACUAUUACUACGACCUAUUUUCUGAGAGAUGGCGAUGCCAAUAUUGCUUCAACUGGAGGAACAUUCGAAAUGGGAUUCUUCAGUCCUGGUAAUUCGGAAAAUCGCUAUGUGGGCAUGUGGUACAAGAACAUAUCUGUUAGGACAGUUGUGUGGAUUGCCAACAGAGAAGCUCCUUUGAUCAGUGGAUCGGGUAUCUUGAAAGUAAUCAAGCCAGGAAUUCUUGUCCUUUUCAACGGUACUAACAAUGUUGUGUGGUCGACUAAUACCUCAAGAUCCUUGCAGAAUCCUGUUGCGCAGUUGCUGGAUUCUGGAAAUUUUGUUGUCAAAGAAGCUGGUGAUGAUAGCCCCGGGAAUAUCCUAUGGCAGAGCUUUGACCACCCAACUGAUACGCUAUUAGCAGGCAUGAAGCUUGGCAAAAACUUUGUAACUGGCAGAGAGGUGUAUUUGUCAUCAUGGAAGAAUGAGGACGAUCCAGCUCCGGGUGAUUCUACAUAUCACUGUGAUCCUUCGGGUUUCCCACAAAAUAUCCUGAAGAAAGGCUCAAAUGUUGUAUAUCGUUCUGGGCCGUGGAAUGGCCGCUCUUUCAGUGGGACACAAAACUCAAGAGAAGGUCCUUUCUAUACAUAUGGAGUAUAUUCAAGUAAGACGGAGGUAUAUUUUGGAUAUAAGCUCAAAUCUUCAGUUCGCGUGAGGUUGACAUUAAGUUACAAUGGAGUCUUACAGGUUUGGACUUGGAGUGACGGAGACCAAGGAUGGGUCCCUUUCCUCUUAAUACCCGGUGAUAGCUGUGAUAUGUAUAAGUUGUGUGGUGCAUAUGGUAGCUGCAAUAGUCAAGAUUCUCCAGAAUGUGGAUGCUUAGACAAAUUUGUGCCCAACAAUAGUGACGCUUGGAAGAGGACAGAUUGGUCAGGUGGUUGUGCUCGGAGAACUGAACUAAAUUGCCUUCAAGGAGACGUAUUUUUGAAGUAUUCACAUGUUAAAUUGCCAGAUACGCGGAAUUCCUGGUCCAAUGUGACUAUCACACUGGAAGAAUGCAAGAAUAUCUGCGCCAAGAAUUGCUCUUGUAUGGCUUACUCCAAUUCUGACAUACUCAAUGGAGGAAGUGGAUGCUUAUUGUGGUUCCAGGAUCUGCUUGACAUUCGGCAAGGACCCAACGGAGGGCAAGAUAUCUACAUUAGAAUGGCUGCUUCUGAAUCAGAUAGUUUGGAGCAAUCAGAUGUAAAGAAAGGAAAAGUACUUUUCUGGAUUCUACCAUUAUCAGUUGGUUUGAUGUUGGUAUUCCUUGGUUUGCUGAUCAUCCAUAGAAGAAGGAAGAAGGCUUUAGUGCUUAAACGGAAAGGAAGGUCAGGAUGCAGUGGCAAUUACAAGAUGAAUUACAACAGUGGCAAUUGCUCUGAAGAAUUUGAAAUACCACUGUUUGACUUAUCUACUAUAGCAAAGGCUACCAAUAACUUCUCAAUCGACAGACAGAUUGGAGAGGGUGGUUUUGGACCUGUUUAUAAGGGCAUACUUGAAGGACAGGAAAUAGCAGUCAAGCGGCUGUCUAGAACUUCCACACAAGGAGAAACUGAGUUCACGAAUGAAGUUAUAUAUAAUGUCAAACUUAAACACAGGAAUCUGGUGAAGAUUCUUGGUUGCUGCAUUGAAGGGGAAGAGAAAAUGUUGAUCUAUGAGUACUUGCCAAAUGGGAGUCUUGAUUCAUUUAUAUUUGAUGACGCACAGAGCAAGGUUUUAGACUGGCCUAAGCGAUUUCACAUUAUCAAUGGUAUAGCUCGGGGACUUAUGUAUCUGCAUCAAGAUUCUCAAUUGAGAAUAAUCCACAGAGACCUGAAAGCUAACAACAUCUUGUUAGACAAGGACAUGAAUCCAAAGAUAUCAGACUUUGGCAUAGCAAAACUAUGUGAAGAGAAUGACAUUGGAGCCAAGACAAACCGAGUUGUUGGAACAUACGGGUAUCUCUCACCGGAAUAUGCAUUGCAUGGGAGAUACUCAGUAAAAUCAGAUGUAUUUAGCUUUGGUAUCUUAAUAUUGGAGAUUGUGAGCGGGAAAAGCAACAGAAGAUUCUCCCAUCCAGACCACAACCUACUUGGACAUGCAUGGAAACUCUAUAAGGAAGGUAGGUCAAUAGAACUACUUGAUGAAUACCUAAGGAAUUCUUGUUCAACACCCCACGUGGAACGAUCAAUUUGUGUUGGUCUGUUAUGUGUCCAAGAAUGUCCAGAAGAUCGUCCAAGUAUGUCCACUGUGGUUAUGAUGUUAAACAACGAAGGUGUAUUGCCAAAGGCUAAACGGCCAGGUUUCUACAUUGAAAGAGAUGCACCUGAUGGUGAACUCUCGUUAAGCCAUACUGAGACCCCCAUCACUAUAUUGGUUGCACAAUAAGACAUGUUGGUUCACUUGCUUAUAACAAACUUGCAAUUGUAAAAAACUUUUCUUUAAUUCUUUGUAGAAAUGUGGUAAAAUAUAUUUGGUGUGUCAAUUAUAUCAAACAUAUGUAAAUUUCUCAAUCUCAUUUAAUUUUUUUGUCUCAUCAUAUUUAACAGUAAUCCUCUGCUUUAUA